UUUGCUUAUGGGUAGUUGCCAAAGUUGUCAGGGCAGGCGUGAGUCCACGGGAACGAGCACUGCUGCUGCUGUGGAUUACACCGGCCAGGGAAGAGCAGGAGAGGUAGGAGCGCCGCUAUCUGACAAACCUGAUAAGUAACGUUAGUUAACCACUUUCACAGAGUGGUCGGUCCACAGAAGAGUUGACGAGAAUUUGAACUCCCUCAGGAGCGUUGGAGCGUGUUUUCCCCCUUUUCUCCACGGAGUGUCCCACACCAGUAAAGAAGGAAGCCAUGCUAAUCAACAUCUUCCUCUUGCGGUGAGCUGCCUGGGGGACAGUCGGAGGCGUCAUGGCGGAGCUGCCUAUCGCCCCGGGCGAGGUCUACAUCGAGGUGGAGUACGACUACGAAUACAAGGCCAAGGACCGCUUCAUCACCAUCCACCAGGGGGAGUGCUACAUGCUGGUCAAGAAGACCAACGAGGACUGGUGGCAGGUGAAGAAGGAGGAAGGGACCAAGGCUUUCUACGUCCCUGCGCAGUAUGUCCGCGAAGUUCGCAAAGCCCUCAUGCCCCCUCCCAAACAUACCCCGCAUCCUCCUGCCGCUGCUGGCAACACGGCUCCACAAAGUGGGGGGGCACUCUGGGUAAAGCCAGCCAGUCUGGAGCUGGGACUCAAGAACCGCUCCACCGAGAACCUUCACAGACACGAGUCCAGCUAUCGGCGCUCCCCCUCGGCGCACACGGCCUCGUCUGGCCACUUCAGCCCCCCCAGUCAGCGCAGGAACAGUACCCACCACCAGCGGCCCGGCAGUCCCACCGACCACAACCGGCCUCGUCCCGUCAUCCUCGUCCCCGGCGGAGCCCCCCAGCCGCCUCAGAAAGGAGGCACUCUCCCCCGCACCCGAGCGCGAUCCCCGGACCUGGUCCGCGCCCCGCUGGACGUGGACGGCACCCACCAUUGUGACUCUGCGGGUGAGGAGAGACGCACCAACGACUCUGAGUCAGGAGACGAGCUGAGCGGCAGCUCCACUGAACAUCUCCAGACGGUAUCUUCGUCGGGCCACGGCCGCCCCGAGUCUCCUGUCUACACCAACCUCCAGGAGUUGAAGAUUACCACGACUAACCUGCCCCCUUUUCCCUCCGGCUCCCCGCUCCACGUGCUGGGCGACUGGGAGACCUACAAGGACCCGACAGGCAGGCACUACUACUACAACCGCAGCACCCAGGAGAGGACCUGGAAGCCGCCCCGGGCCAGGGACACCAGCUCUGGGAGCUCCAGAGGAGAGAGCCACAGCGCAGGAGAGAGCUCCGAGACCACUCCUCUUUCACUUUCGCCGUCUUUCCUCCCCUUCCUCUCGCUCUCCAUGGGUCGACUCCAGCCUCUGUCGUCGGAGGACGCCUGCUUCAGUACCUACUCUAGCCAGUCAGACAGUCAGUACGGCUCGCCGCCGCGGGGUUGGUCGGAGGAGAUGGACGAGCACGGCCACACGCUGUACAUCAGCGACUAUACUAAUGAGAAGUGGUUGAAGCACGCCGAUGAGCAGGGCCGACCGUAUUAUUACAGUGCAGAUGGUUCCAGGUCCGAAUGGGAGCUGCCAAAGUACAACCACUCCCCUCCCCAGCCGUCUGGGGACGCUCUGAAGAGUCGCAGCCUGGACAGGAAACACGUCGAGCCCAUCGUCCUCACCAAGUGGAGACACAGCGUCUACGUCCAAGACCCUAACGACAAGGACGCACCUCUGGGCCCCAAGCCCCCCUCCCCCGACUCUGACUCCUGCCCUUCGUCUCCCAAGCCCCCCGCCUCUCCGUCUGAAAAGUGCGGCCUUCUGAAUGUGACAAAGAUCACCGAGCACGGCAAGAAAGUACGGAAGAACUGGACUUCUUCCUGGACAGUGCUCCAAGGAUCCACGCUGCUAUUUGCCAAAGGCCAAGGAGGCGGGACCAGCUGGUUCGGAGGCGCUCAGUCCAAACCAGAGUUCACCGUGGAUCUGCGCGGCGGCUCGGUGGAAUGGGCUUCCAAGGACAAGUCCAGCAAGAAGCACGUUGUAGAGGUGAAGACUCGGCAGGGCACAGAGCUGCUGAUCCAGUCAGACAACGACGGCGUUGUCAGCGACUGGUACAGAGCACUGCAGGACACCAUCAGCACUCAUGCCUGGGAGUCUGAUGAGGCCAUUGAAGAGGACCUGCCGGAGUCGCCCGGUGCGGAGAAACAUGACAAGGAGAAAGACCACCGAGACUCAAAGAAAGGUCGAGCCAUGAAGACCUCCACCAGCAUGGACAACUCGGACAACAAGAAGACCAAACACAAGCUGAAGAAGUUCCUGACCCGCCGCCCCACCCUGCAGGCCGUCCGAGACAAGGGCUACAUCAAAGAUCAGGUGUUCGGCUGCAGUCUGUCCAGUUUGUGUCAGAGGGAGAACGUCACAGUGCCCAUCUUUGUCAAGAUGUGCAUCGACCACGUGGAGAACAACGGUCUGUGUAUAGACGGGCUGUACAGAGUUAGUGGGAACCUGGCUAUCAUACAAAAACUACGCUUUGCUGUCAAUCACGAUGAGAAGGUCAACCUGACGGACGACAAGUGGGAGGACAUCCACGUGACCACUGGAGCGUUGAAGAUGUACUUCAGAGAGCUGCCCGAGCCUCUCUUCACCUACGCUCUCUUCCAUGACUUUGUCAGCGCCAUCAAGGUUCAAGACUACAAGCAGCGAGUUCAGUCCAUCAAAGAUCUGAUCAAACAGCUGCCCAAACCCAACCACGACACCAUGCAGGCCCUCUUCAAACACCUCCGCAAGGUGAUCGACCACGGGGAGGAGAACCGGAUGACCACCCAGAGCGUGGCCAUCGUGUUCGGCCCCACGCUGCUGCGGCCUGAAACGGAAACCUGGAACAUUGCGGUCCACAUGGUCUACCAGAACCAGAUAGUGGAGCUCAUACUGCUGGAGUACGAGAACAUUUUCGGCAGGUAGAAAGAGAUGCCGGAGGAUGAGCCUCUUUUCUUCUUCCACUCUCUCUCCCUCCCAACGCAGAGCUCUUCCUAACCCAGCACGGCCCUGCCAAAGACAGCCCGGCCUGGCCUGGCCUGGCCUGGCUUGGCUUGGUCCGGCCCGGGCCAGCUUCUCUUCAUGUCAAACCAACCUGCGGUCUCUGGCUUCUCCAAUCGUACAACCUCUGGACCAAAGCCACGCCAAUGUGUUCAGAACCAAAACGUAGAUGUAACUAACUAGCGACCAAAACAUGUUUUAGACUCUUUGCACUUUUUUUCAGCAUCUCAUUUUCUCCUGCAGCUGCAUUUGUGCCACUUUACUGCAAAGGCGACAUUCUCCUGUUCCUACACUGGAUUCCUAAAACUAAUACACAGUUCCAAACAAGCCUCUGCUACUGCACAGACUCCCUGAGACCAAAGCAGCAGAAGAGUGGGCCUCAGUAGCCUCUGUUACAGAGGAAGCGUCAGUAUUGGAGGUUGGAGAAUGUUCUGUACUGUAUGUCCUAUAUGUACCUACUGUAUAUGACCCUGUAAAGACUCCUCACUCCUGUAUGAACCACACUGGGAACCAACAGAAGUAACCACACUACUGUGCUUGGCUUUAGAAGUGUAGACACUAAGAGAAGAAAGUAGGAGGAGGGAUGAAAAGGAGGUUUUUUUAUUUAGGAGUUCUAUGACAAUUUUCUGUCCUUUCCGUACUGCUCUCCAUCUCUCUCUGAAUACUUCUCCUUCCUUUUCUUCCUGAAAUACCGGACCAGGGUCCUCUGAACACGUAAGAGGUUUCAGUCUGUAAUAUAUCUGCACGUCACCUUCUCCAUUCGGCUCUAAGAACAAAUCAGCUCGCAGCGGUCAGAACUUGAAAAAAAGCAAAUGGUACUCUGCUUGGUCUUUCCUCGACUCAUGGAUAUUAAAUGUGAAGGCAAGCGGCCUUUAAACAUGACUCCGUUGAUAAAUUGUGUACAGUGUUUAUGCGUGUGCAUGUGGAUGAGGGUGAGGUUGAUGGAUGAAUGGAUUUAAUGACAAUUUAUUGUACAAAUGGUAAAUAUAAAGUACGUAUGCCUGGAAUGUUAAAAAAAAUAUGAUACAAGGGGAGAAAUCACUAUUCCGUGAUCAUUGUGUAACCAACAGAUGAAAUAAAGUUAUGAACUGGGGAUGUGGAGGUUUACCUGUGUGUCAGGUGAAUGAAAGAUGGUUGAAUGUAACUUUGGCUUUAUCAAACUGGAAUAAAGACCUCUAAUAAGAGAUA